AUGAAAUAUGGAAAUGUUAGUGAAGACAUUGAACAAAACCAAGAGUUGGGUUUAGUUCCCUACACUGACUUUGUACAUGGAAAACUAAAUUUCAAUUUUGUACGAGAGUUGUUCCUAAAUGGAAUGGGUAGUUUUGGCAAUAUUGAUUUUGAGAUAGUUCAGAUAUAUGGCUGCUUAGGGGCAUCAAUGCAAGCUAGGUUGCAACUAUUCCAGAAACAAGCUGAAAUUACAAAAGAAUUUCAUGGGGAUGCUAAUGUUCGGUAUGCUUGGCUUCCUUCUUCUAAAGGAGAUUUAUCUAUAAUGAUGGAGUAUGGAGUAGGGCAUUGUGGACUAUCUACAAACAAAUGCACAUAUAAUGUUGGUGUUCAUUUUGCAGCUGUUACCUGCCCUUAUGCUAGUGCGCGUUAUUGUGAUAUUGAUGAAAAUUGUGUUCAAUACUUGGUCCUUUGUCGUGUAAUAAUGGGGAACAUGGAACUUCUCCAUCCUGUCUUUAGCACCAACACUGACCAAUUCCAACCCAGCAACUGUGAAUAUGAUAAUGGGGUGGAUGACAUCCAAUGCCCAAGAUACUAUAUAGUAUGGAAUAUGAAUAUAAACACUCACAUUCAUUCGGACUUUGUUGUUAGUUUCAAGGUCAUUGGGGAUGUUAAAGGCCAUUUUUGUGGAAUUGCGGGCGAGGAUUAUGUUUAUGGGAACAAUUCAGCUAUUCAUGGUUCUGGUGACCUAUUAGAGUCAUCCUCUUUAGCGGAUAAUGGAAUAGCUAUUAGUGGAGUUGCAAGCACUCCAAAAAUUCCGAAAUCUCCUUGGUUGCCUUUUCCUAUCCUUAUAUCUGCUAUCUGUGACAUGGUUCCUCCCAGUAAUAUGAAUCUUAUCAAAACACAUUAUGAACUAUACAAGGCAAAACACAUUUCCCGUGAUGAUUUUGUGAAGGAGCUGAGGUUGAUAGUUGGAGAUAAUCUAUUGAAAUCUACAAUAACAAGUCUUCAAUUCCGGAUACCCAUCAAAUGGUGA